GUGCCGCUGGCCUGCGCGCGCGCGCGCAGCGGGAAAGCCCUCCGAGGUUUGAAAGCAGAGAGAGGCGGAAGAAACGGGGCGGGGGGUGGGGAGGAGACGGCGCGGGUCGUGUCCUGCGGGUGUAGGGCCGGCAAUUCUUGUCCUCGUCGUGGCAGCGGCGGCCCGGAAUGGCGGAGGCGUUGAAUCAUUUUAAAAAAGACUACAGAGCAAGAUUCUGCCAUGGAGGAGGGAAACAGAUUGAUGUGCAGCCAGGUCAGAACAUACUGAAAAUCAUACAAGAUUGCUUCAAAAGUUAUGGUAGUGAUGUUACAAUAAACUCUCCAAGUACAACACAUUGCUCAACUCCUGUUGUUACAAACAAAAAGGAGACUUCAAUACAAAGGGAAAAGCCAAAUGCAGGUUUAACUAACUCUGUGAAAAGCUCCUGUAAUUCUGCAGACUCCUUAGCUGCAUCACCACUAAAACCAGUCAUCAGCAAAGGAUGGUCACUUGAAUCACACCUGAAGCCUGCAACACAUGAUUACAUAUCUGAUGCUAACAAAAUAGAUAGUCCUGUGUCUAAAGGAGAAAGCUCAAAUAAAAUUGUCACUGCAGACAUCAGUGAUCUCGUUAGAUCUCCUGGCAAAACAAAUAACUUAUUAAAAGACAUUGAAGCACUAUGCAGAAGUCCUGCCAACUGCUCGGUCUUUGAGGAUGAUCAUCAGGCUGUGGGAUCGCCUAUCCUUGUGAAGGAAGCUAUAAGUUCUCCUGUCCAUAUAUUACAUUUUAAUGAGCAAAAUACUCCAGUUGCGGUUAAGAGCCAUGUGGAAGCUGAAAAUUUGGGAGGACCUCAAGCUGGGAAAAAUGAGCAGCUUGUUCUGGUGCAAGGAACAGACCAUAUUGCUAUAUCCUCUGUACAGAAAAAGAAGUCUUCUUUCUCUUCAGCAUUCUUAGCAGCUGUAACGACAGGAACGCUUGGAAAAAGGUAUUCAGCCUCAAUAUCACCACCAUCACCACCUCUUGUAAAAGAUCAAGAUUUAGAAAUAGAAAAUGAAUGUGAAUUUUUAAUUGAUGAAUCAGAUGGUGUGUCUUUUAAUUCUUGGUUUUCAAUACCCCAGAAGAACAAAAAAUCAAAAAAAGAUGGCUCUACAACUCCUGUGUUGAAAUCCCAGUCCUCAGAAAGGCAGCAGACAGAAAGUAAGAAAGGCAAGAACAGAAAGGUACAGGUUGAAGCACUUGAUAAACAGCAGAUGCAUGAUUUGGAUGCCAGAGUGCAAGCUGACUUCAGAAGCGCAUCAGAAUUGGCGAUAGUAUCUCCUGACAGGGAAGGAAAUGUCCUUAAAUCUCAAAGGCAAAGCAGCACUCAUAUGGACGGAAUGAAGAAGGAAGAAAAGACUAAAAAGGAAGCACUUAAGCAAGACUCUCCAAAACAGAGAAAAGGCACAUCCUGGAAACCAGAAGAUGAAGAAUUGCUGUUAUCACUGUCUGGAUUAGACACAAAAGCAUCUGAUGCAGAACGAUGUAAAAAAAGGGUGAUGCUAAGUGAGGAUUCAUCUAUGCCUUCAGCUGGAGAUCAACAGGAGCAGACUCUUUGGCCAAAAAAGAAUCUUAAGUCUUCAAACUAUGUGCAGUCCACUUUAAGAACUUCUCAGCAUUUAGUUCACAAGAAACAAAAUGUUAAGCAGAAACUUUCAAAAGAUACAGUAUCUAAGAAAUUGUCAGAAAGUGCUAGAAAGAAAAUGAAAGCAUUUGGCAAGAAAAGUAGCAACAGAAAGCCUCUGUUACCAACAGUGGAGAGUUCUGGAAGUGAACCUGGUGAAGAAGGGCUUGAAAGAGAGUCUGUGAAGUUACGUGAAGUGUUUCUGUCACCAUUGCAUUUGAAACUACAGACUUCUAAGAUUCAGAAUUUGGCUAACUCUGAAAAACGUAAAAAUGUUUUGCAUUCAUUGGAAUCACUUGGUGAUACAAAUAACAAAACACCAGUAAAAGCCAAAGAGCUACUGCAGAAUCUCACAGACACUGUGCAGAAUUGUGAGGAGAGAUCAUCAGCUAAGUCUCCAAGGACAAUACCUGAAGAGAUUCAUCACAAAGCCCAUAAAAGUGUGUGCUCGAACUCUGAGGAUGUUAAGCCUCAAAAUACAACAGAUUCCGAGAGCUCUUCAUUGCAGGACAAGGUAGAAAAAAAACCCAAGCCAUCAGAUGUUAAAAUAAAAAGUAACAAAAGAAAACGUAACAUGCAACAUGGAUCACAAGAUUCCUCUGCAGCUGAGAAAACUAUGAAUCACAGAAGUGGACCUUUACUAGAACAUGGUGUUAAAUUUACUUCCAAAAGGAAGUCCUUUGCUUGUAAACAGGAUAAUUCAUCUUCAGAUAACUCUGAAGAUUUGAAUUGUCAAAUAAAUGAUCUAUUGUCAAAUAAGAUAGCACGACAUAAAAUAGUAAUGCCCUCCAACACACCUAAUGUUCGUCGGACAAAAAGGAUACGGCUGAGACCUUUGGAAUAUUGGCGAGGGGAGCGCGUGAACUAUACGAUGAGGCCUUCAGGACUUGUGAUCAGUGGAAUAGUGUGUCCUGAAACAGAACCUCGCAGGAAGAUUAAACGGAAGAAGCGCGGUCAUAAGCAGAAAGGAGGGGAUGAGAUAGCCGCAAAUUUGGAUCAGACCCUAGCUGAUACUUCUAAGCCAACUGUUGUGCUGGACCCAAUAGCAAAUAAGGAAGUUCUUCUAGAGUGUAUUAACACUGGAAACAGACAUUCCUGCUUCUUUAAAGAUGAAUCAGUAGAAAUAUAUAAAAAUCUGAAUACCUCUGAUUUUGCAACUGGCAAAUUGGUCUUGAAACCAUUUAAAGAAAAGGGACACCAGUUUGUUCACAUGGAUACAAUAGCUUUCCAUGUUAUCCAAGGCAAAAUUGUUCUUACCUUGCAUAAGACAUCAUAUUAUCUGACCACAGGGGACUUUUUCUAUGUUCCAGCAGGAAAUGGAUAUAACAUACGUAAUAUUUUGAAUGAAAAAAGCAUUCUUCUCUUCACACAACUGAAAAGAGAUAGACCAAAAGCAGGAGAGGAGAUAUUGGAGACCUCAUCCCCAUAACUUCACCUGCAAACUGAGGAUCAUCUAAUGUGAGGGAGUUCUAAAGAAUACUGUAACUGCUAUCCAAGUGGACACAUACUCAGUACUGGGAGUACGCUGUUUCACUGAUCUUAAAAGAUUUUCCUCCAGUGUAAAUUGUAAAUUUACAAGUAGCUUGUUACAAGUUAUUUUUUGUUUUGUAUCAAUAAAUAUUAAAUAAUGAAAAUCA